AUGGGUGAGAAGAUUUUUGUCCAGAAGUGCGCUCAGAGCCAUACCAUGGAGAAGGGAGGAAAGCACAAGACUGGGACCAAUCGUUUUGGUCCGUUUGAAAAAAAGAUGAGUCGGGCCCCUGGAUUCUUUUAUACUGAUGCCAAUAAAAACAAAGGCAUCACCUGGGGUGAGAAUAUGCUGAAGGUGUAUUUGGAGAAUCCCAAGAAGUACAUCCCUGCAACAAAAAUGAUCUUCGCUGGCAUUAAGAAGACCGAAUGGACAGAGUUGAUAGCUUAUCUCAAAGAAAGCUACUAA